UGGACGAUAAACACAUGGACAAUUUUUAUUUCAUAAAUUAUCCCGAUAAGCCAAAAGUGUUGUCACAUCGCGAUUUAGGUAAAGAAUUGAAAGUGUUGGUAGAGCUAUUAGGGCCUGAGACGAAAGAAGGAGGAAAGCGUCGACUGAAGUGUGCUACGCCCUAUGCUUUCGUACAAAGGGAAGAAGAGCGUCCAGACAUAGAGCUUCUUGAUAAAUCUGGAAAGAAGGAUAGAAAGGAAAACCAUAAUAUCAUUUCUACUAAGAGGAAAGCUAUUGAGAAAGUUAACCCAAAAAAGAAACACAAGACUAUUGAAAAGAAUAAAAGAGAGGAAAGACUACCUGAAGUAGAUCCUGCUAUUUCUAUUACAACAUCAGUCAACCACGCUUUAGAAUCUACUGAACAGCGUUUUCCUGAUGAGAUCACGAAUUGGUUGAAGUUUGAACAAAAAGAUAUCUGGUCAGCAACAGAUGUGAAUAUCUUCGAUACAUUAACACCACUAGAUCAACCUAUUUCUUUUUUGGAUGGCCGUGCUUUGAAAAAUAUUGUUGGCAAACCGGAUUUCAGCUCUGGGAAUCUAAAACAAAACGCCAUUACAAACUCUUCAAUUAAUCCCACGUUACUUAAAUCUGUCGCUUAUAUAAUCAACCUUGCGUCUAUUGAUUAUUACGCACCUUUUCUUGAAAAACCUAUAAUGGUUGCUGAUAAUGCUGACAAAGACGAUGAUGAUUGUAAUGAUUCUUUUUUUGAAAAAAAAGGUGACAGAGAAUUUAAGUACAAGG